CGACAGUGUGUGGGCCCGAGUGAUGGAACCGGGGAAGUAGUUUGUAAACAUGGCAGACGAAGCUGCCAGGCGACGUGAGCUGAGGAGGAGGAGGAUAUUAGACAAUGCCGAGGAGAGGAAGAGGAAGAUAUUUGGUGUCAGUAACGCAGCUAAUGGCACUACAGUUACGGAUGAAUUACAGAACUCAGAAGAACCUGGGAACCCAACAGUACACAGCGUCUUAGCACCUCAGCUACACAGUAAUGAGGAAGCGGUUACCAAUAAGACUUGUUGCAUCAACUCAUCUCCCUCACUCAACAAUGACCUGGACAAUGCUACAACAUCAAACAACAACAGCAGAGAAAGUACUAUUGUUAAUGCAAGAGAAAGUAUUAAUGUUAACAAGACAGAAAGUACUAAUGUUAACACCUCAGAAAGUACUAAUGAUAACACCUCAGAAAGUACUAAUGAUAACAACAAAGAAAGUACUAAUGAUAACAACAAAGAAAGUACUUAUGAUAACAACAAAGAAAGUACUAAUAUUAACACUAGAGAAAGUCCUCAUGUUGACACUAGAGAAAAUACUCAUGUUAAUGCUAGAGAAAGUAUCCAUAUUAACGCUAGAGAAAGUAUCCAUGGUAACGCUAGAGAAAGUAUCCAUGUUAACGCUAGAGAAAGUAUCCAUGUUAACGCUAGAGAAAGUAUUCAUGUUAAUCAGACAAUACUUCCGAACUCUAGCAGAAUUCAGAAUGGUUCUAUACCUGACUUAACUGAACAGCUGAUGAACUUAAAUAGGUUAAUAACUGCCAAUGGUGGCAUUAGUCCCAGUACUGUGCAGAAUGGAAGACCCCAGCAAGACGUCCAGCCAGUUGCCUCCGUUGAGCCCCUUUAUACCUCCAUGGUACCUGUUGUACUCGCCUUAUUAGUGUGCACUCUGUUGUCAUUCAACCUUGGGUAUAUCGUGUCAAAUAGCAUCUCGAUCCCGUUCAUACUCUGGGAGGCUCAUCAUCUUUGGUGUCAGAGGUAUGCCAUUCAUGCCUGCUCUAGGAGUGGAGCCGGUCUCAUGGGUAUUGCUUUCAUGCUGUGUGGUGUCCGCCAGAGUACAGUUGUUGCUUAUGCUCAUUUACUCACCAUUGUUAAGUGUUUCAUUGAAGAUUUUGCUCUGUAUUUAUUAAGUGUUGUGUUAUGGUGCACUGUGAUUGGGUUACCGGGCGUCGUACAACCCGAGUCUCUGGAGUCCUCCCACCCGAUGGCGCAGAGGGAAGUUGUUGUUGAUGAUGAAGACAUGUUUCAUUCUGUGGAGGAUUUUUAGCACUUGAAGGUUAUUGACAAUCCUCUGUGCCAAUGUCAGUAUAUAUUCCUGCUUUCUGUUUUAAGUUCAUAGUUGCAUGCUCAAUGCUCGGCCAUAUCAUUAAUUAUCAACAUAACGGACUUUAAGGUGUCAUAUAAAUUAUUUUAGUUUGAGGAACUGAAGGACUUUUAAUUGAUGAUGUUUUGAAGAUGAAGGGUAUUGUGCAAUGUAAAUUAUUAUGAGGAACAAAAAAGGAAGUGAUGUGCUUAGCCUGGGAGGAGCUUGCUGUCCUGCCCUCCAUUUUCUUUGUAUAUAUUGUGAGUGAACUUUGAUACUGAUUUGUCUUAUAAUUUUUGGUGUUUUCUGUUUGAGAGAUUCUUGGUUUCAUAUAGGGACCUCUUGGGAACAUUAGCAUUGUUUACUUCGUGCAAGAAAAAUGCGAUCAUCAGCUAAUUAAAAGAUUAUUUAUCAUAAUCAUAUACUGUAGUGAGCCAUGACAGUAUGACCGACCAAGAGCUUGAGGAUGUGAGCACCUCUAAAUCCCCAUUACCGUAUUAUUUUUGGACCUGAAUUUUUUGUUUUGUUUUGAUGAUACUUUAAGUUGGGUAGACUAACACACCUAUAUUGAGCUGUAGUACUGUAGUUAGCUAUCCUAAAUAUAAUCAUUGGGGACAGAGUGAUUGUUUUAUGAUGCAGCUGAUGCCAUUGGGUGCGGCGGUAUGAGAGCUGCACAUAAUGUUGUUCAUAACCAUUGUAUCUUUUUAUAAUGCAGAAGGCUAGAUAUAUAUAGAGCUAACUAGACAUGAUUUUCAUGUACAGAAUUGGAACUUCCUGAGUUAGAGCUGACUUUGUAGCUUGAUGCAUCAUUGUACACAGUGCUAUUGAAUAAAAUUGCAGUGCUUGGCAAUAAACCCUUACAGUGUUGCAGCUUAGGACAAUAAUAUACCAUUCUCUGUGUACUGUACUGCUAGCAUUUGCCACACACGUGUCUUGAAGUUGGGUGUGUUAAUGUUCGUGGUUGCAGGUGUUAUGGGCUUGAGUGUAAGAAUACCACAAUCUUUCUUAACCAUUAGGAGUGGGACACAGUGGAGUGAAGCCAACUAGACGAGUCACCGGUGUUUAACAUAACAGAUUAACCAUCACAUUAUUUGGUCAGUUUGGCGGUGGUGAAGGUAGUUACUCUUCACCUCACACUGGCCACUUAAUAUCACAGGAACUCUGCUUGAUUCAUUUUGUUUAACAGUAUCAGACACCAUGAUAGCUGAAUCAAGUUAUAUGGAAGCAAAUGGUGCUGUGAAACUAGCUUUAGUCAUUUUCCGGACUUUUUUUGUCAUAUAUCCAUUACACCGUGUAUAUAGUUUUGUAAAAGGAUAAUAGAAGCAAUAUUUACUAAAUGUGUGGGUAACUUCAGGGUAUAUUAAAAGAUCCUUUUCCUUUUUGCCAUUUUCCAGAUGUCAGAACCUCAAGUGAAGUUCUUGAAGCCAUGAGAUCCAAUAUGUUAUUGUCAGCAUUACUUUGAAAUCAGGGAAUGGUAAUAUUAACCUUGUAUGAUAAUGUAUUGAAGUCUUUUGCAUUUUAACUUCAGCCAAUGUGGGUUUGAUGUGUUUGUCUUAAAAACUUAAAUCUUUUAAAUUUAGUGUUGGAUUGAUGAAAGAAGCAGGCAAAAUAGAGCAGUUCCAGUUUUCUUAAAAGUAAAUGAUCAGAUAUGUAGGUGAAUGGAAAGAGGCAAAGGAACAGUUUCAUUUGAAGAAACAUUUAGAAGUUUGAUUACAGAUCAAUGUGACUCACUUCUCAAUGUUGACCAUUUUAUCUUAUAGAGAAGUUAGCUUUAACCCAGAGAUUUUCCAGCUGUUUUUCUCCAUAUAUGAAUUACUACUUGUGAUAUGCAAAGCUUGUUCCCAUUCAUCAAAAACAGUGUGUGUGAGCUUCUCCAAUUUAGAUAUGAAAUAAUGGCUUGCAGUGUUUGUUUAAUAAAAGUUUUUGUAUGGCAGGUGUUUCCUUUAUAUAUUUUUAUAGAGGAUUAAUGUUAUGUUACCAGGUAUUAAUUUAUCUUCCUUUCAUAUUUUAUAUAAUUUUCUUUCACUUUUGGAUUUCUAUUUGGCUUCAUACAUACAGGAGGACUAAUCUUGUAUACAUAUAAAGAGUUGCUUAUCUGUAGGUUAAAAUACAUGUCUGAUUUUACAACCAGUCACGAAAUUUAUUUGAAACCAAGUUGUUUUAUGAAAAGGAAAAUGAUUGCUUUCUUAACAAAUUUUAUGGAGGUACUGGGAGUUCAACACAACUUUAUCUUCUUAAUAGACAUACUCUACUUUAUACUGUACUGUAGUAAUCCAAUCAUAUGCUAGAAUGCAUCCUAUUCUUUUUCUCAGGGGAGGCUCCCUAGCAGAUUCUUACAAUCGUGCUGUCUUGCCUUAUGUUACACUUGUAAUUGUUUAUGAGGAAGAAAGACAUUUCUCCAUUCUGGCAUCUCUGUUUGUGCUGUUCUCUUAACACCUUGUUGGUCUGCUAGUCUCAAACUCUGUCAUGUUUUGAGAGUAUUAACCACUUCCUGCUUCUCUCUGAUUGUGGAGGAAGAACUGUUCUACUAUCCUCAAUAUCUGCAUCAAUGUUAAGUCUUGUGUUGGAGCCACGUCAGAGAUGCACUUUGUUGUUGGUGUUCACAUACUGUACUGGCAUGUUUUAAACUUACGGGUGUGUUCCGUGUUUUUAAUCACAUUCGUUUUUGCAAGCAAGUAAUGUGAUCAUUGUCAUCAUGGCCAAAGUAAUUUGUUGUAUUCUGUUGCAAAUGUAUUGAAUAUUAUAAGGUGUCGCACUUAAUGACAUUAUGGCAAUCUUCUAUUAAAUGUAGGAAGUAGACUACAGUACAGUACAGUACAUAGUAGUCAAUAAAACUAGAACUGUGGUCAUUGAACACAGUUUAAAGAUCUGUUGAUGGAUUUAGAGACAUUAGCCAGACUGUGCCCAAUGAGUGUUCAGAACUUUACAGAAAAUUAAUAAAGUAUUUUGAUACUGGUUCCUGGAAAUUAGUUACUGUAUCCACAUAGUUUCAGUAUGAAUGGAGUUCAUCAAAUUAUUUUGGAGGUGAUGAACAGAAAAUGUUUGACAUGUCAAACUGGAGAAUGCCGAAGAAAGUCACUCAUACAUGAUGGUCUGCAGACCUUCCUAAUGACUCAGUGUUUCAGGAUGAACAUCCAUAAAUUUGUUACAAAAUAAUGGCUGGAGACUUGGAGAGCAAGAGAUCUAGUCCUUCCCUCCUGGUGUCAACUCUGGACACCAAUACACUUAAUCACACACACAACUUAAAAACUUUGCACCCCUUUGGCAGGACAUAAAAAGCACUUGAUCUGAUGUCUUAGUAAUGUGACUGGUGAUGUUUAUAUAAAAUUUUCAGUAUGCAUAAAAAAACCUUCAUGAUUUAAUGUCAUGUUCAACAUGACUUACUAAGGUAACCCAGUUCAAACUAACAGAGCAAAAUGAUCUCGUUUUGAACACCCGGGCCUUCGUAUACUGUACCAUUAUAACAGAGGUGCUGGGCUGUUCUCAGGUGUUUUAACAACAGUGGAUUAAAAAUGAUUGCCUGGGUGUAUGGAAUCAGGGAUAAUUAUUAUUGGAUAGAUUUAUGUUCUUCCUGUACAUGAGUUACGUAACAAUUACUUUUGUAUCCGAGUUAUUAAUAUUGUCAUGAAUACAAUACGGUUUAUUAUUAGUUUAUAUCAUAGGAAUACCUUUUAUUUUAAAAUAUUAGUAAACUGCUUAAACUGUGAACAGAGAAAAAAGUAGUUACUAUGCAUUGAUUCACACACACACACACCUCUGAUGUUAUAUUUAUGUAAAAGGAGAUAUACAUUUGUUAGCAAUAAAAACACAUAAAUUUGGCUAAAACGGUUAUUUGAUGCUUUAUGAAAUCCUUGCACCUUGUCAAAGAAAAAUUUGAUUUGCCAGUGUUAGAGGCCCAUAUGUGGCCAACAUAGCCUAAGGACAAGGUGUAUUAUACAGUACUACAGUAUAUAGUGCUAAACUGUAGAGAAGGAAGAAACUGGAAGUGAGGAAAGGAUUAUUGGUGACGUACAGUUGUAAACUGUUUUAGUUGAUGACUAACAGGGACUGAGAUGCUCUCUGCUACUACCCCAAAUGUAAAAGCAGUUUAUCAUCUUGCAAUGACAAGACAGUUUAGCAGAUAUUGCAAACUUCGUUAUCAGGCUAGUGAAACCAACUUAAUCUGAACUAAGUUAGGCUAUACAGUACAGCAUUGGGUGGGUAAGGAUAAAUUAUAUACUGUACAGCAUAGUACAUCAGGUAGUAGACACUAAUAUUGAUCACAGAUACAUCUAUUUUAGGUUAACUAAACUGUACAUCCUCCAGAGGAAACCAGCAAAUGGUAUUUUCGUAAAUACUAUGACUUAUCUUUAUUCUCCAAAAUUAGGCUUAAGGCAAAUACAAACUCCAAAAUGUGAUUUCUCAUCCAUUACAAAUAUUAAAGAACAUAGUACUGUACAUAAUUGUUAGUAAAACUUUUAUUUUGUAUUACUAAUUGUGGGUCAAAUAUGGUUUAUAUUUGGGCAAGCGAAAAUUACCUCCAACUUACACUACACAGAUAAAGUGGCUUCUUAAAGUUUAUUGUGUAAGGUGUAUAUGUUUUCUGGCCUAACACUGUACAGCAACCCUAAACAUACACUAUCACAGCCACUCCUCAGACUGUGCCUCCUCUUACCCCAGUAUUCAUGUUGACCACACUACUGUAAUUACUGUAGCUUCUGUGUACAUGAAGUGAUAUUUACAUAAAGUAAUAAAAAAAUUAGUAGCCAAAAGUUAUACCAAUAUUUUGUAAACUAUUAUGUAUGAAUAAAACAAUGAAUGUAGACAAAAGUU